GUUUCCAAAAUGAAGAUCAUUCUGUGUAUAGUUAUUGUUUCAGCAAAUGUAAUUUUGGCAGAAAAUGCCACGAAAUUGGCCAAAAAAUUAGAAAGAAAAAGAAGCUACUUUUUCAAAAAGAGCCAAUUCAGUGAUGAUUUUAUUAUCAAAAAUAGAGUAGCAUUUCCAGAGGCGAAUUUUACGGAAUUAAAAUACCCAGUUAUGGAGAAAGAAACGACUUAUCAAACUUAUCAGCAACGAGAAAAUUUGACCCAUUCUGAAAGUAAUUUUCGUGAUGAAAAUAUUACACAGAUUAGUCCGGAAAUUGUGAGACAAUUUAUGCAGGAAGUAACUAAAUACGGGGAAAUGUGCAUUGAAGAAACGCAUGCUUCCACAGAGGAUGUUGCUCAGCUAAUGGCUCAUCAAAUUCCAACAACUCACGAAGGAAAAUGCAUGAUAUCCUGUGUGCAUAAAAAAUUCAAAAUACAAAAUGAAGACGGUACAAUGAAUGAAGAACAAAUGAUGAAUUUAAUGGGACGAAUUAAAGAUGAUGAUCCGGACAUGUACGAAAAAUUGGUUGGAGUAUAUAAUUCAUGCAAAAAAAUAGUCAAGGUUGAUGCCGAUCACUGUGUAACAGCUUUGAAUGCAGCGACUUGUGCUAUGAUGGAAGGAAAGAAGGCUGGAUUAACGAGUGAAGCAUUUGGUUUAUAGAACAUCCGAUUUGAAAUUAUGAUGAUAUUGUGUGUAAUUUUUUCAUGUGUAGUUUUCAGUUCUUUUGAAUAAAUAAAUAUUGUAGCAUUGUAACAAUUUAUGUAGUUUACAUUUUUCACU